CUGGGACUGCAUCUCUCUCUCUUGCUCUGUUGACACCUCCGCAGAUUCAGCGUGAAGCUGGGAGAGAGAGAGAGAGAGAGAAAGCAACUCAGACAUGCAGACUGCACGAACAGAAAGAUGAGGACAGAGGGAGUGAGAGAGAAAGGAGCGAAAGAGGCUGAAGAUAUAUUUGACCGUGUGGGUGUGUGAAGUCUCGAGGCAUGCAUCAUAAUUGUGGCUUCUUCUUCUUCUUCUUCUUCCUCUUCUUCUUCUCGGAGCAGCUGGACAAGUCACUACAUCAGCAAGACGCCGGAGGUCUUUCAAAGUGUGCUGUCGUACUUUUAAGCAGUCAGAGCUGAAAGGAAAGGCAGCAACAAAAUGGAAACCGUUUCGUUUCUGCUGCCUCGAGGACUUCAUUAAGUGAGAAUCUGAAAACACUCAAGAGAGACUUAAGUCAUGUCAAAUAAUGAUGUGCGGGAAAUGAUGAUAUAUCUGCUCUGUGAGUGACCCAGAAUUCAAGUCAAGAAUUCAUCUGAGCUUUCUGUAUCAAGAUGGCCAUCAACCCUUUUGUCAUCUGCCUCCUGACUUUGAUCAGUUGCAGCUCGUCUCAGCCCACACCCCCACCUCCCCGAGGAUGCAGCGUGGGCGUGGAAGCCCCCUACAGAGUGCUGUGCGACCUAGAGGCGGUCUGGGGCGUCGUCCUUGAGGCUGUGGCCUGCAGCGGCGGCCUCACCUCUUUGGUUCUUGCGGUGUUUCUCAUCGUCAAGCUGCGAGGGGUUUCCGACCCGGCCAGGCGCUCCGGUCUCGGCCCUCUGCUCCUGCUCCUGGGGACCCUCCUCGGGAUCUUCACCAUCUCUCUGGCUUUCUUGGUGGGGAAGACCCAGGUGCUCUGCGUGGUGCGCAGGGCCUUUUGGGGACCCCUCUUUGCCCUCUGCUUCUCCUGCUUGCUAGUUCAAGGUGUGAGACUCAGGCGGCUGGUGGCUGGAAAGUCGAGCCCCACUGGGAGCACACUGGCAGCGCUUGGACUGGCGUUGGCUUUGGUUCAGGGGAUAAUCUCUGCUGAAUGGGUUCUGUUGACUGUCGUGAGAGAGGGUCACCCAGCAUGCGAAUAUCCUCCCUUAGACUUUGCUCUGAUGUGCAGCUACACUCUGGGCCUGCUCCUCAUAGCCAUGGGUCUCUCCCUUGGAGUGGUGCUCUGCGGAGGAGAGUUCGGAGAAGACGGAGGAGACGGCAGAGAAGAAGAUAGAGAAGGAGAGACUGAGAAGCGACGAUGGAAGUGCAAUGCCGUCUGGGUCUUCCUGUCCAGUUUGGCGUCCGCAUUGCUUUGGGUGGCCUGGCUGGGGUUUUACCUUUACGGCAACCAGGCGUUGAGAGGGAGAGGGAGCAGGGAAAGAGGAGGAAACAAGGAUGCAAAAGUGUUGGAUGAGCCUGCGCUGGCUGUGGCCUUGGUGAUCCAGGGCUGGAUCCUGCUGCUGUUCCACGCCAUCCCAGAGUCCUACCUGUGUCUCCAAAAUCUAACGCAAUCCGACACGCAAGAUUUCUUCGACACCGGCCGCGCGUCGCCGGCUCCUCAUUUCGGAGACGAUCACCCCGCACAUUCUCACCAGUCUUUUCAAGAAAACCAGGCCUUCUCAAUGGAGGAGCACAGUGCAACUGUCCGAAGUGGAACGUACCACAGCAGCCAUGGCAGCAUGCGCCCAGGCAUCGCCUUCAGAGGCCAUGUCUACCAACCCACUGAGAUGGCUUUGGUCAUGAACGGCGGCACGAUGCCCACAGCUCCCAUUAACUACACUGGGAGGCGCUUAUGGUAACACAAGACAGGGUUACAGUCAAGCCACUUUUGUGAUGCCGAAGAGUUUCCCGUUACCGAAGAAGAAGAAGAAGAAGUGUUUUAAUGUGUUUGUGUUUCUGCACACAUGUUUUAAUAUUAUAUUUAAAAGACAACUACAAAUGGUAUUUCAGACUAACUUUUUAGCUUGUUUUACAGAUCGAUUUGACGGCACGACAUUCAGACGAGGAUGGAGCGUAGUGGCCAUAUUUACACAGAGGAAUACAUAAAUAUGAGGGAAAUGAUUUAUCUGAACGAGAAUUACUGAACACGUUGAAUCUGAACAUGUGAAAGAAAGUCAACCUUAAUGUGGUUGAAAUAAACAUCCUAUCCAAGCACCUCGACACCAGUGCCAUGGCAACUGGUUCUGUUAAUAAGUGAAGCUUAGUUCGAUAAACUGCACUUUUGUCAAACUCAGCCUUUUAGGACUUUAAUUAAGUGACAAGCAGAUGCCUACAAAGCUUGCUUAACCUCUGGGUUGUAUUUCAGGGUUUUUCUCUUAGUGACCUUCUGACUCGCCGGGACACUUUGGCACAUUUUUAUUUUAAAAACGUUGGAUUAUCAGGUGCUGUUAAGGGGUAAAGAAAUGUCCCAACUCAGUAGUUAUUCUGUAAGUGUUAUGCUUUAAGGAAGCGUAUAAUAAAAGCCAUUUGAUAACUGCAAUACCUAACCUGCACAGUCAGUCAUCAGUACAGAGAUCAUGGUGAAGUUGUGAGAUUAAAGAUUGUUUGAGUUGCAUGUGAAAGCACAAUCUGGGGGAACAGUAUUUUAUCUAAAUGUUUUUUGAUGUUUUUUUAAGUAUUUUUUAUUUAUACAAACAUUUAUAUGUACUGUAAAUAUAUACAUAUAUAUAUAAAUAUAUAGCAAAGGGAGUUACUUGUUACAGUGGUUUUAUAGUCAAUUUAUCAUCAUAGAUAAAGAAUUAAUCAAAUCAGUCAUGUCUAUUUAAAACCAACACAAACUGGAUGCUGCCUUACUAAGGAAAAUGACACCAACUGCACAUUUUCUCAUAACUCCAGAGUAUCUCAUAAGCAAAUGAUAAAACAAACCUAAAGAGCAUGCUAGACUUUUUUUUUAAUUGGCAUAUUUGGGGGAUUUGUGGUCUGCAAUUUUACUAAAAAAAAAAAGAAGUGGUUACAUUUCCUCCGUUUAAUAUUAAACGCUUAGAACAACCCCAAAUACUCCACUGUGUUGUCCCUGGUAGUCAUGCAUGUAUCCAUGCUUCUUUAUUUUGCUGUUAUCACAAGUUACACCAGUCAAACUGGAGGACUCUUACACGCUAAUCUUAUUAAUAGAUGGAUCUCGAUGAAAUGUUUAUAUUAUCAAGAAAUUAUUUGCAGCAGCUGCUCCAGUACAACACUGAAAAUGACAUGCCACAUGCUUUCACUGUAUGUUUUUUGGUGAUUAGAAACUUUAUGGCUUACAGCGAAUGAAAACCC